AUGGCCUCGACAGAGCAGCAGCCCGCGCUUGCGACCACAAAGCGCAAGUUUCACAAGCUCCUCGACAACCUCACCGCCAGCAACUCAACCACUUCACUCGCGAGCACUCUCCAUGAGUCAAAUGCAUCCACUGCUUCGCUCUCCGCGCUUUCGGAAUCAGACAGCCCUGAACAUCCAAACAAGCGUCCGCGCAGCGCAAACCUAAGUAUGGAGCGUCAGAGAGGCAUAUCCGAAGGACAGGAGCGCAUACGACAGCUAAAGGAACAGCUUCUCACUCCACGGAGAGAAGGCACAAUCAAAGUUGUAGGCAAGACCUUAGUAACGCCAAAAGCUUCAACGCCAAAAGCCUCAACGCCGCGCAAAGCACCAAACUUCCAGCCAUACAGUCAAGAGCACUUCCUAGAGAGACUGAAGACGUUCGCGGACGUGAGAAAGUGGACCACCAAGCCGGAUGCUAUCAAUGAGGUUGAGUGGGCGAAGAGGGGCUGGAGUUGCGACAUCUGGAACACAGUGGCCUGCAAGGGCGGGUGUGAGAAUCGCGUUGCGGUCAAGUUGAGGCCUAAGCGCAAGGAUGCCAAUGGGAAGGAGCUCGAGAUGAGCGAAGAUCUAGCCUUCGACAUCGAUGAGGCUUUGGUAGAGAGAUACAAGGACUUUAUCACAGAAGGACAUGCGGAUGAUUGCUUGUGGAGGAAGCGCGGUUGUCAAGAGGAUAUUUAUCACAUCCCUAUCGCGUCACGCACGAAGAGCUCAGCGGAGUUGCUUGAUCGAUACCGCUUCCUCAAAGCCAUAUCCGCCGACCUUCCCCUCCUCGAACACAUCACAUACCCCGAGCCAUCGAUACAACACAUUCUUGAACGCAUACCAUCCUCCUUCUUCACCUCAUCUAAUACCGAGCCACCCCUAUCACCCACAGAUAUCGUAGCCUUCGCCUUCGCCCUCUUCGGCUGGACCGGCGUCUCAGAAUCCCGCAUAUCCCUAGCAGUAUGCAACCACUGCUUCCAGCGCCUAGGUCUUUGGCUCUCCUCCGCCACGCGCCUCGAAGAAAUGAGCAAAAAGCUCGACGUACCCAUUGAAAGCCUGCGCCUCAAUCUCCUCGAAUCCCAUCGCGAACACUGCCCCUGGAAGAACCCAGAUGUCCAAGCAAACUCAAAAGACGGUCCCAUUGCAAACAUGCCCGCCUGGCAAACCCUCGAAUUCAUGCUUCUGGGUAGAAACAAAGAUGUCGCCUCUGGUAUUCACACUCCUCUUAAACAGACACCUAGGAAACAGCAUGCUAGGAAUAAUGACAGCAUCGAUGUGGGUAGUGAGCUAGAAUACCCUCGAGGUAGUAUGGAUAGCGUCGACAGGCCUAAGGACCACGAUGAUGAUGAAGACGGUGGUCUGCGCGAGAAAUGGAGUAAACUCAAAGCGAAAUUGAAGCGGAGUGCGAGUAAGAAGAGUUUGAAGAGUACAAAGAGUGGUAAGAGCACGAAGAGUGGGAAGAGUGUGAUGACAAAAGGCGACAAGGAGAAGUCUUAG